UGUUUCCUGUAAACCACCUGUUUGACUCUUACAGCAGACUGUUUAUAUUGGCCACUGUCAGGGACUGACCGCUUCCAAAAACUGUUCAACGACGCAGGAGAAGAAUUACAUCUUUUAUUGAGCAGCAACAUUUGAAGUACCUCAUAAGUUCUUCACAGAUCAGCAUGGAGGAUCCUUUUGAUUCAUAUCCAGAUGGGGAGGAACUUAAGGAAAUUAAAGAAGCACUACAGAACAAUGAUACUGCCUCAGCAGCUGCUAAGGCCCAGGAGUAUUUGGAACAACAGGAUAAUAUUCCACUACAUAUUGGCAUCACAGGAGAGUCUGGUUCUGGUAAAUCCACCUUUGUUAAUGCCUUCAGAGGCAUAGACAACAGAGAUGAUGAAGCCGCCCCUACAGGUUGUGUAGAAACCACCUUAGAGGUUACACCAUACCCCCAUCCAAAAUAUCCCAAUGUUACAGUAUGGGAUCUCCCUGGCAUUGGUACCACCAGUUUUCCAGCUGACAAAUACCUGGAGCAUGUUGGAUUUGAGAAGUUUGAUUUCUUCAUCAUCAUCUCAGCGGAUCGCUUCAGAGAAAAUGAUGUGAAGCUGGCUAAGGAGAUUCAGAAGAUGGGGAAAAAGUUCUACUUUGUUCGCUCAAAGAUCGACCACAACUUACGUGAUGCUGAAAGAAGUCAGAGGGAGUUCAACGAAAAAAAUACCCUCGAUCAAAUCAGGGGAGACUGCAUUCAAGGUCUUCAAAAACAAGGUGUUGAGUCUCCACAGGUCUUCCUGGUGUCCAGCUUUGAUCUCCACCUGUAUGAUUUUCACCUGUUGGAGGAGACAUUAGAGAGAGAGCUUCCUGCUCACAAGAGGAAUGCUUUACUUUUGGCCAUACCCAGUAUCAACCUGGAGAUCAUCAACAAGAAGAAAGAGGUUUUUCAGGCCAAAAUAAAAUGGUUAGCUCUUGCAUCUGCAUUUGGAGCAGGUGUACCAGUUCCUGGUUUGUCUGACGCACUUGAUCUAGGCAUGACUGUUAAAUUCAUCAUGGCCCAAACUGCAUUUGGUCUUGACAACAAGUCACUGCAGAAUCUUGCUCAUAGUGCACGCCUGACUGUGGCUGAUCUUAGAGCAGUGAUGACAUCACCACUGGCUGCAAAAGAAAACAAAGAUCUUAUCCUUAAAAUAAUCAGCUUAUAUCCACUUCUCUUUACAUUAAUGGCAGCAGAGGAAGGAUCCAGAUUUAUUCCACUGUUUGGAAUCCCAGUAGCAAUGUCCCUCUCCUUCAUCUCCACCUACAGAGCACUCAGCACUUUCCUCAACAUGCUUGCUGAGGAUGCACAGAGAGUAUUCACAAAGGCCCUGGGUUUGAACACCUCAGUGUGAGAUCAUGGAUGGAUGGAAAUAUGACACAUUUAAAACUGGUAGAGUCCAGUGAUACAUAGCAUUUAAAUACAACAGUCUUAAUUCAAAGUCCACUAACUCUGCUAGCUUUUCCUUUCUUGUGUUCAAAUUAUUCUCUGAGCAAACUGCUGUGUGAUUUCUCAGUACAAUAUGUACUUAAAGUAUAUCUUGUGUGUUAGUUCUAGUCUGGAAAUGCACUGGUUCCUGGAAAUGAUCAAAAUCAUAAUACAGCAUAAAAACUGGCUUCUGUAAUGCUAUCAAUUGUAUCUGCAGGUUGUAAUACUGGAAAUAACACAACAAUACUUAUUGUUUUAUUUAAACAGAUAGUGACAUACCAUCACCACAACAUAACACACACAUAUAGCUAAUAUUGCUUAUAUCAUUCUUUAUCUCUUAUUAUCAUAUAUUGUCACAAAACCAUUUUCCCUUGGGGACAAAUAAAAUUGAAAUGUGUCGCUUCUA